GUUCAUUUUAUACGAUAAACAAGUGGAGUGCGGUAUAUUGAUUUUAGCUGAUCGGAAGAGCGGCGAAAUGGAAAUCAAUAACCCAAAUGGAGCUGGUCAAGUUGAAAACAUGUGUAACUUUAGCGUAUAAAGCAAGUGGUGUUGCAAAAACAUAGCAUACCAAUACAAUCACACGGCCACACAGCAUACACUUGCACGUACUAACAUCAAACAUAGUGGUUUAAUGGAGCAACGAGAAGAGAAACCGAAACAUAGUACGCCAAUACCACUGCAAAUUGUGCAAUAAAUAAAUGUAAGUGGAAAGAGAAGUAAGCUGUGGAGAGCGACAUCGAGACCGCGUGCGAAACAAAGACAGAGAACGUUGAGAAACGACAAACAACACAAUAUCGAUUUGCGUUGAGAGCGCGCGUGCACGGGGCCAGAGGAGUCUGAGACCACGCUGAAUGACAUGUAUGCUAUUCAAUCGGCAAUUCAUAUUUUAUUCAUAGUGAUCGUGUUGUGAUGUUCACAAUGAACGAAGUCGCGUUCGCGCGUUGUAUAUACACUGAAUUUUUGCAUUGUUCAAUCUGAUGUAGUUGCGGUUAUCAUCUUCGCUCCGUUCUUUUGCAUGUGUUGAUGAACAUUUUUUUUCUCUUCUUUCUUCAUCAGUAUAUUGUUUUUAUUGUGCGUACUGUGAUUCAAGAAAUGUGUGCCAUGGCGUCGGCGUGCGCGGAAUUCAGUGCAUGAACGAAAGAAGACACCAAAUAGUGACCCAAGAAAAACAAAGUAUGAACACGGAUAAUAAGAAACUGAAUACAAUCAUUUGUAUGUGAUUUAAAUGUGAACUUUCGGCAAGUAGUACUUUCUGCAGUGAGUCGGCAACUCGUUGGUUUUUGUGACUUUGGUUCAGUCGGUGGCUGACAACGCAUCGUUUGUCUCUAAAAUAAUUCCAUUAUAUAUUCGCCUACAACCCGACGAAUCGUCCAAUGCGUCAAUGUUCUUUUUGUUUGUAAAGAGAGAGAGAGAGAUAAAAUGUAUUGCACCGACUUACAAUAGAUUCAUUAACGCUGUCUGUAUGUCAUGCCCGACGCUACCAGAUGUUGUGUACAAUAUCCUACUUUAAAUCGAAAAAACGUUGAAAAAAGAGUACAUUUGAAGUAAAUAAUACACCGAAAAAAAUGAGUAAUGACUACAAAAGCAACUAAAGUAAAUGAUCGACAUUAUUUCAUGCAUGAAUAUGAAGCAUAAAGCAUACACAGUGUAUGAUAAUCGAGACGCAGACAAAAACUAUACAAAAAGUGUAUUGUCAGUGCAAAAAGAGGCGGCAAAUGGAGUGCGCGCAAAGAAUAUGUGUGUUUAUUAAACUAUUUGCGCCCAUUGGCGAGUGAUGUUUAUUAAUUCGCCGCAAUUCGUAAUGUACACUUGUUUGAAGUGCCGUAAAUCACAAGUAGGUUUUAGUGAACUUGAUGUUUGACGCGAUUAUCGUUUGUAUGCGCAUGCAGAUAGACAAGUUACAGAUCAAAAACGAAACGAAAUCAACGGCUGAGUGUUCUGACGAAAAGGAUGACAUUGCGUGCAAUGGGUGUAAUUGAUAUACAGCCACAUCACUGUGUAUCGUUUUCCGUGUGUACGGUGCUUGGUUUAUGUUUGCUUAGUUGACAAAAUAAAGAGAGCGAGAGAAAAAAAAAUUCAGCAAGAAACAGUUAGACGUGACUAAAGAGAUAAAAAAAAGCUAUAAAACACCUAAAAUAUACACAUACAAAACAAAGAUACUCAAGUGUGUACGAGUGUGUCUACGGAGAAUAACGGGCUAUAUAGUGUUUUUUUCCUAAAUUCAUUGUCUUCUUCUUCUUCUCCUUCUUUUUUCGAUUUCAUUUAGUGUUUUUGCUAUCGGAAUUUCGGAUAUUUGUGUUCAUACAUACUAAAUAUGGACGAAGUGAAGUGUAAGCGCGAGAGUGAUAAGCCAAAUGAUGAAACGUUUUUGCUAUUAUCAACUUCGUUAAAUUCGAUACCGUCAUCUCUAUUUGCCACACAAACAAACACUUCAUCGCUCGUACCAAACGCGAGAAACCAACACAUCUGCGCUACACCAUCGACAACGAUAACGUCAACAGCGACAACGACAACGACAACGACCACAAUCGCUAGCGACCGAAACAAUAAAUCGACGUGUGUUACCAACACAAUGCCACUAUCGAAAUCGGCUAUCGUUCACACUUGCUGCUAUAAACAUCAUUGCCAGUUGAGCGCUUGUCACAUUAAUAAUGGUGAAAUCCAAGCAAGCACCAGCAAAAAGCUUUUGUUAUCCGUGCCAUUACAACGUAAACGCAAAAAAGUCGUAUAUAAUCAAGAUUUCAUCGGUGCAAUCGGAAUAGACGUUAGUAACGUUUUGGAUUUGACAAGUGAUCAACGUUUAGUUAUAGCACAUUAUUCCUGUGUGGAAAAGUUCACAAAAACCAACAUGUAUACGCCGUCGUUAAAGGAAAGCGACAGUCAAACGAAUCCCGUUAUUCAGUCAGGUGAUGAUCAGUUGAUCUCAGCAAUAGAACAAAAGGAAUUUCCGUGCCCGAGUGAUAUCAUUUCGUGUGAAAGCAGCGAAAAUAAAUGUGAUAACAGUCUGGCAGAGAGUCUAAACACGCAGCGUAUAAACAGCACCAGCCCAUUAUCGGAUGAAGGAUUGGCAAAUGCCAGUCCGUAUUGUUCGUCGGGCGAAGAAGAAGAAACACGAGCGCCGGUACACGAAAAAGUCGAACGAUCAUCAAGUUCCGAUUCGGCCCUCGGUUUGGAUGAGGAAAUUUUAGCAGGAAUGGCUGAAUUAUCACCACGCAAUCAACAACGUCGAAUGACAUUAACUGUUACAGACAUUCCAUUGCAACUUCUUCGGCCUGCUUUGCUUCCCGUCGCUGAACCGACAAGUCUACCCGAUUCACCUUUAGCCGUACAAGCGCCCGUUGAUUUUUUUACAUCAAAUAUUCAAGCGCCCGUUGUGGUGCCAAGCAAAAUGAUACUUGAGGCACGCAUUGUGGAAAUUCCAACACCAGCUUCACCAGCACAGUUGAAUGAUAAUAAUAAAACUUCCUACUUUGGACAACUUUCAAGACGAGAGUCAUGUGUUAGCGACACUACAGCCGAUGAAAUUCCUCCAAACCAUAUUCGCGUUGUUAGAACGCCAUCGGUCGUUGUCAGUGAUUAUUCGGAUGAUGUGUUGUGCGGCAUUACACUGGAAGAGUUGGAAUUUUUCCGUCAACAAAGAAAAUCAUCAUUGGGUGCUACAUUAGAUUCCCCACACUCGUCAGCUACUGAAAAUACGGACUAUUUAUCCGACAUCAGUGCAGCUUCAUCAUGCUCGAAUUUAAAUUAUUGUGGAUCAUCGAUUAGUUUACUCGACGAUAAUUAUGCAUCAUCAUUGUCGGGUGUUCCGACGCCCGAGCGCAAAUUGUCCAGCUGUUCGACAUGUUCGACGGGUCAAGAGUACAAUAACGACGAAGAAUGUAACGAAGCGAACCAGUUUUCAAACAACUUGAUUGAAGCUCUGAAUCAACAGCAACGAAAGAAAAAGGUAUGCAAUUGUAUUAGUUCAUCUAAAGCUUCUAGUCAUUAUCCAUCCAGCAACUCCGCAAAUAUGAAAAAGGAGUGAUUCUCAUUUAUUACAGAUUUUUAUUGUACAAACAUGAAAAUGCAAAGUAACAAAAAAACACAGAAAAAUUUAAAAAAAAAAGAGAAGAAUAAUAUGCUAUAUAUAUACCUACAUAAAAUAAUGAAGAAAAUUUAAGAAAUGUAGUUAAGUUUUUUUCUUUCUUUGAUGAGAAUUCCAAACCAUCCAAAUAUAAGUAUUAAUAUGCAGAAUAAUUUGUAAAGAAAAAAAAGGUAUUUGCGUUUAAAUUAUAAUGUAAUAGUAAUUGUGUGUUCGAUAGAAUGUCGAAUACGUAGCAAAGGCAUUUAUUUAUUUUCACGGCUUCUGCCUACGUUAAUUUUGCGUAAGACUCUUCCAUUCGUUAGAUAGUACAUUCUUGAUGACACAUGGUUCAACUAUGUUGUGUCUGAAUCGUGGUGAUGGCAGCUGCGUGUAUUUGCAAUUAGAUUGUUUUUGAAACGAGUAAAUUUCCAACAGGACUUUUAUCGUGAUAUUACAUGAAGCAAGCAAAAAUUGUAAAGCCCAUUUUAUCGAUAAAAAAAAGAGAAAAUGUUCCUAUUGCAGUUAUCCGUAAGCCAAACAUGUGCUAAAUUAAACAUAUAUACAUUUAGCGGCUAACCGAAGAGAAAGACAAAUAAAUAAAUAAAAAUUAAAUAAUGAGUUGA